AUUGGAAUUUUGAGCGGCUUCUAAUAUCUUAACGUCAGGAGGCAUAGGAGAGCUCAUCAGCCGCAUUCAUCUUUGUUGACCCCAACAAAUUUCUUAUACCCAUAGUUCAAACGGCCUGCUGGAUCAACACACAACUACUCCGAUUCGAAUGCCAGGUAAUCGAUUUCAUUGAUGAAAAAAAUUUGAAAAAUCGUUGUCACAAGGACGAUUUUGAAUCCCGGAAUCGUCUGCUUGUUUACCUGAGAUUGGACGAAUUUUCUUCUCGAAUAUUAAAAUGGCAAUGUCAGAAUACACAUUUGAAUGUUGUUCCCGAUGAGAUUCAAGCUUCUUCUGGGGUUUCUUCACGCUGAAAUUGGGUGCCCCAGAUCCGCCGUUCAUUCGAUUGGAUUUCUGAAUCUUGACGUGAUUCCUCAGCUUCUCACUUCCCUCCUCUGAUCUUCGAUUGACUUUGGUUCCGAGUUUCCUGGAAAAUAUGAAGAACAAAAAAAUGUAUGGGGUCUCCAUCUCUUUGCUUCUUAUCAACCUGGCAGCUAUAAUGGAACGCGCCGAUGAGAAUCUCCUACCGUCGGUUUACAAGGAAGUCAGCGAAGCUUUCAACGCCAGCCCAUCUGAUCUAGGAUAUCUUACAUUCAUAAGGAACUUUGUGCAGGGAUUAUGUUCACCCUUGGCAGGAAUCCUAGUUCUUAAAUACGACCGUCCUAAAGUUCUUGCAAUGGGGACGUUUUGUUGGGCCCUUUCAACUGCUGCAGUCGGUAUCAGUCUCGAGUUUAAGCAAGUUGCAUUCUGGAGAGCCCUGAAUGGCUUUGGCUUGGCUAUUGUGAUUCCAGCACUCCAAUCUUUCAUUGCUGAUAGCUACACGGACGGUGUUCGGGGUAUGGGAUUCGGCUUGUUAAGCCUCAUCGGUUCACUGGGAGGCAUCGGAGGUGGUGUCCUUGCAACCGUUAUGGCUGGUCAACAGUAUUUCGGCAUACAAGGAUGGCGCUGUGCCUUCAUUCUCAUGGCUACAUUGAGUGCAAUAAUCGGUAUCCUUGUUUACAUGUUUGUAGUUGAUCCUAGAAAAACAAUUAGCAACAUUCAGGACAGUUCAGAUAGGUACCGCCUGAGGGAUAGUUUGAUAAACCGAACCUCGUCUAAUUCAUCGUCGAUAUGGUUCGAGUCUUGGAAUGCUAUGAAAGCCGUUAUGAAAGUGCGUACAUUUCAAGUCAUUGUCCUGCAGGGGAUAGUUGGAUCACUGCCUUGGACAGCCAUGGUGUUCUUCACUAUGUGGUUUGAAUUGAUCGGUUUCAGUCAUAACAGUACCGCAGUUCUACUUAGUCUUUUUGCAGUGGGGUGUGCAUUGGGGUCUCUCAUGGGCGGUUUAAUUGCGGAUAGGUUGUCAAAGAUCUAUCCUCAUUCUGGCAGAAUCAUGUGUGCUCAAUUCAGUGCUAGUAUGGGCAUACCAUUCUCAUUGUUCCUCCUCCGAGUCGUUCCGCAGUCUAUCGAUAGCUAUCUCGUCUUCGCCGUUACUCUCUUAUUGAUGGGAUUAACUAUCAGCUGGAAUGGCACUGCUGUCAAUGCUCCCAUUUUCGCCGAGGUUGUCCCAAUGAAACACCGAACCAUGAUAUAUGCGUUUGACCGUGCGUUUGAAGGUUCGUUUUCAUCGUUUGCUGCUCCUCUGGUUGGUAUUCUCUCGGAGAAAAUGUUCGGUUACGACAACGCAGCUAUAGGUUCGUUACCGAAGGCUCUUGCAUUGUCGAAGGGACUUCUUGCAAUGAUGGCAGUUCCUUUCGGCGUUUGUUGUUUGUUCUACACGCCAUUGUAUAUAUAUUUCAGGCUUGACCGCGAAAAUGCUCAAAUGCAGAGUUCUAAAGGUACUAAACUCAUUGAUGACCUUUAAGGAACGGUCUGAGAUCUCACAUCGGUUGGGGAGGAAAACGAAACAUUCUUUAUAAGGGUGUAGAAACCUCUCUCUAGCAGACGCGUUUUAAAAUCUUUGAGAGAAAUCUCGAAAGAAAAAGCCUAAAGAGGAUAGUAUCUGCUAGCAGUGGACUUGGGCCGUUACAAACUGUGUAGGAAUGUAGUAGUGUAAUUCCACUGCCAUUAUAGUUUCUUUUUCCCUUUGAAGCCCAUUCAUUUUUCCUUUUAGAAUGUUCUGCAUAUGAACAUGACUCAACAUUUCAGGAUAAAUUGGGCAUUUUGUUGAGAACCAUGAAGGAUUAGAGAC